CUCUCUCUCUCUCUCUUGCAGCAUCACCGGAGCCAUGUGUCGUUUAGCCCUCGCUACUAUCCUUGCGCUGGUGUCCGUCGCCGCCGCUCGUAUGGCCUACCAGCUGCCGGCGGACGUAGAGCUGUAUUUGUCGUCGCCCAUCCAGACCACCUUUUCCUGCGACAACCUUCCUUACGGCUACUACGCCGACGUCGACAAUAACUGCCAGCUCUUCCACGUCUGCUUACCCGUCGCUGACGAGAUUGGUGCUUUGUUGGAGACGGCCCACUUCACCUUCGCUUGCGGCAACGAGACCGUUUUCGACCAGGAGUCGCUGACAUGCGCUCACACUGCUCUAUCCUUUCCCUGUAGCGAGGCACGCACCCUCUACGAGCUCUCCAACGCGGAGUUCUUCAGGAUCCCCGAGAAGGUCUAGCGUGGCACUUGCCUGAUGCGAACCCUGCGACUGGAAGUCUCCAACUGCUACAGCUCGACAUUAGACACUCUUGUUGCCUUCAGGAUCAAGAGUUUACUUCCCUAAAAAUCGCUGCUAUCAACAUUAACAGUGUCAGAUUGUGGAUUUCACAAUGACUUAGUGUUGAGGAGGUAGGGGUGAGUGUGUGUAUGUGUCUUCGUGCGAAGGUACUCUAAUUUCAAGCUUGUUUUCAAAUAAAACCCUAGUAUCAAAAA